AUGUCUGAGGCCGCCCCGUCAGGUUCAGCUUCCGAGUUUGCAGCUAGCGAGAUGCCGCCUUCUGUAGGCCAAGCAUCCCCGGGAGGCUUUCCUCCGUACCCGCCAUACGCCACAGAGCCAGCGCCGCCUUCUGUGGCUGACACCAUCAUGGCUGGUCGGGACCUUCGCGUUCAGCACAAGCAAACACCCAAGAGAUAUGUGAGACCGCCGCCAAAACCAGCCAGACCUAGAGGACCAAAGGCAACAGAUGUGAAGCUCUCAGCUCGGGCUGCUCGAGCUCACGCUCGCUGUUUGCGUCGCCACGGAGCCGUGCUAACCGAUCGACUUGAACGAAUUUCCAAGCCUCUUAGAAGAAAUAUUAUUUACUUAUGGAGAGAACAUGCAGAAAUAUUACCACCUGAUACUAUUUCUCGUUUGCGAGGAAUGUUAGAUGCUGAUGAACCUUUCAAACCGGAUCAGGCCUACGAAUACUUCGUCAAUCUACGAAAGACUAAGAAGAAAACUGCCAUGACACGGGGAGUGAAUCAAGUCAAAAAGGACAUGUUAGCAAUGUGCGAAGACAAACGGUUCGUGUGGGCUCGAAAUGCUACAGUUGCUUUCGCCCGUGGAAUCCAACAACGACUGUCAAGGCCUGGUGCAUAUGCUCUGGCAGAUGGGAUGUUGCGGUUAUCAAAUAUUAUAUUGGAUGAUAUUUGCUCGCAUAUGCACACCAGGACCCCGUCCAGACGCUCUCAGCAUCCUAAAGCCAAGUUUCUGAUGGAGAUGUCGGACAAAGUCGCUGUUUGGAUCGACGAAAUCCUGGCCGAAAGUGAAGACCGCAUGUUGAUGAUGGACUUUGAUGAAGAUGAAGGUUAG